AUUAGGUAAGGGAGAGGAGGAGGAGGAGCAGGAGAGACCGAGAGACAGUGAAGAUUCAGUAAUAAGGAACAGAACACUCCAGUCUCAUCUCUUCUGUCUCUCUCUUUCUCUCUCUCCAAGAACUCCCACGAUUCGUAAAAUUUCCCACUGUUUCCGUUCAAUUCUGGUCCUGCAAUGCCCGACGCAGCUCAAAGCUGUCCAAUUUGAUCCAUUUUCGCCGAUUUUCCCCUUCUUUUGCCGGUUGCAUGCGUUCCAGAUUGGGAAGGUGAAGGGGUGAAGGAAUGCUAGCAGCUGUGGAUCUCCCGAUGAAUGGUGGAUGCCAGCAUAGUUGCGAGGAGAGCAGCGAAGAAGAGCUGUCGGUGCUGCCGAGGCACACCAAGGUGGUCGUCACCGGCAAUAACCGGACAAAAUCUGUCCUAGUCGGUCUCCACGGCGUCGUCAAGAAGGCCGUCGGCCUUGGCGGCUGGCAUUGGCUGGUUUUAACUAAUGGAAUAGAGGUGAAGUUGCAAAGAAAUGCUCUUAGUGUUAUUGAGGCACCAACUGGCCACGAAGAUAAUGAUGAUGAUGAAUUUAACAAUUUGAAGUGGAAUGAUUCAGAUAUGGCAUGUGAUUCGACACAAUCCCUAAAAAUCCAGAGGUCAAGGAAUAAGAAUCCUAAAGGAUCUUCUAGCAAAUCCUUGAGCCGGUCUCACUCUUAUGAUUCACAUUCCAAGGCAUCUGUUUUGUCCACGAGCUGCACCACAAAGGUUGAUCUCAGCAAGCUAGAAACAACAGCACUAUGUCGAUACUCAAGGCAUUUUAAUCUUAUGGGUGAGAGUCCUAACCCCUCUAAAGAGCAGUUAAUUGAAAUAGUUCAGAAGCAUUUCAUGUCGCAGAAAUUGGAUGAGUUGCAGGUAAUUGUAGGCUUUGUGCAGGCUGCAAAGAGGCUGAAGUCUGUCUGACUGAUCGAGGCCUCUGAGAGUUAUAUAUUCAAGCUAACAGAGUUCUCAAUAGUUGUCACUACUACUACUACAUUUUAUUGCCUGUGAGUGCGAAAGCUUGAUUGUAAGAUUUCAGAACGAAUUGGAUUCUAGGCGCUAGAGCUAGUAUUCUGUUAAUACUACUGUUAAAGAUAAAUGUUUGUAGUAGCAUCACUUUUAACAUAUUUUUAGUUAGCAAAAGUGUUUAAUGGAUUUAUCAUCUAAAUAUUCUGGAAUUAUUGUUUUCA